CUCGGUGACGUUCGGUGCUUGUGACGUCAGCAGUCACGUGGUCCCAGGCGCUGCGUGUGGAAACGGUGGGAUUGUGUGUAGAGUCUCGAGCGCCGAGGCUGCGGUGUUGAAUGUCCCAGUGAAAUUACAGCUCGUGCUUACCUGAGGAGGUGAAGUCCUGCUGCAGAGCCUGAGAAAGGAAUGAUGUUCUGCUACAAGUCGCCUCCUGCUUCUUGUGUCCAGUUCCAUACGCCUCUUGACCUGACCUCCACAAGCACUUCAAGAGAUGGCACUGCUUCAGAAAGGCUUCAGAAGUCUGGAGAAACCAAAUCUGAGAGUCUGUCCCCAAAAGGAAUGAUGUUCUGCUACAAGUCGCCUCCUGCUUCUUGUGUCCAGUUCCAUACGCCUCUUGACCUGACCUCCACAAGCACUUCAAGAGAUGGCACUGCUUCAGAAAGGCUUCAGAAGUCUGGAGAAACCAAAUCUGAGAGUCUGUCCCCAGAAGGAAAGAUGUUCUGCUACAAGUCAUCUCCGGCUCCUUUUAUCCAGUUUCAUACGCCUCUUGACCUGACCUCCACAAGCACUUCAAGAGCUGGUACUGCUUUGGAAAGGCUUCAGAUCUCUGGAGAAACCAAAUCUGAGAGUCCGUCCCCAGUAAGUUGCAGUAGUCAGUCUGGAACUUUCAUCACUAAGCCCUCACCAAAACUAAUAUGGAAAAAAAUCCACCAUUGCUUAGACUGUGGGAAGAGUUUUGCUAGACUGGGAGACCUCCAAAAACACCAGAGGAUUCACACCGGAGAGAAACCGUAUCAGUGCUCAGAGUGUGGGAAGAGUUUUACUCAAGAGAGUAAUCUCCAACAACACCAGCGGGUUCACACCGGAGAAAAACCCUAUCACUGUACAUGGUGUGGAAAGAGCUUCACUCAUCAGCAGAACUUCCAGACGCAUCAGAGGAUUCACACGGGAGAAAAACCAUAUCAGUGCUCCGAGUGUGGGAAGAGCUUCACUCGCAAGAAUGCUGUACAGCGCCACCAGCGCGUUCACACGGGAGAGAAACCCUUCCACUGUGUGCAGUGUGGAAUGAGGUUUAGUGAGAGCGGUACUCUGAAAGAACACCAGCGACUUCACACGGGAGAGAACCUGUUUCACUGCUCAGAGUGUGGGAAGACUUUCCAUCAGAAGAAAACUCUACAAGGACAUCAGCGCACUCACACCGGAGAGAAACCAUACUUCUGUACGGAGUGUGGGAAGAGCUUCAGUCGGAUGAACACUCUACAGCAACACCACCGCAUUCACACGGGAGAACGGCCGUUCCAGUGUUCAGAGUGUGGACAGACUUUUGCUCAACAAAGUACUCUCCACCGACACCAGCACAUUCACACCGGAGAGAAACCCUAUCACUGCUCACUGUGUGGGAAGAGUUUCAAUCGCAAAAACACUCUACAGCUACACCAGCGCCUUCACACGGGAGAGAAGUCCAGCGCUGAGGAGAUUUACUGAGGAACUUCUAAGUAAACGCUGACAACUCCUAGCUUGUUCAAACGCAAUAUAUUUCUAGCAUGGUUUACAGUUUAUUCUGGUCUCGAAGAUGUGAAUGUAAAUAUCACGCAAAGCACACAGAAUACUGCCGUGUUGCAGAGUGUUGCAUUUCCUGUUUAGCACCACCUAGCUAAGCUGGACUUCUGCACUUUCUGCUCACUUUGCACACAGUCUAGACCUCCAACAGUGGAUCCUGUGAGCAUCCAGUAGCUAAAUCCCCAGAUAUACGAUCAAAUCUGCUGAUGAAACAGAUGUUUGACUGCACAGAGAAGUCACAACCAGGGGUGUCAGGAGCGUUCGAGGCUAAAAUAAAGAUCAGAUGAAGAGUAUGCGGACUGACACACACACACACACACACACACACACACACACACACACACACACACACACACACACACUCAGUGCACUGCUGAAAUGGAAAUUAAUCAGUGUUAAUAUACUGUAAUAACUCCACCAAUGCUCAAGAAAUGCCUUUAUAAGAGCAUGAAAAUGUUUCCAAUUUUAUUUGUUUAGCACUUUUACCCACGGACAUUGCAUCACAAAGCAGCUUUACAGAAAUAUACACAUUCAGGAUAGAAAAUUUUAAUGUAUAAAUUUAUCCCUAUAAGUCCUUCCUAGUUGAAAAAUACAACAAUGAUAAUAAAAGGAAACGUGUAGAAAGGGUUUUCUUAGGGUUUUGGUACUUCUCCAUGGUUUAUGGUUAGGUCAACAGGUGUGUAUGCUGUAGAGAUUAUCAUCUGUCUCUGUAUUCCUCCGGCUCGUUGUUUUUUAAUUGGCUGGUCACUGAUUUUCAUGCAGUAUUCUUAAUUAAAGAGAUUUGCGUAAGCAGUAACCAGAGUAGAAUUUUAUGUGGUUCAGUUUGGAUGUUUGGAUGUUCAAUUCGUCAGCUUAUGACCUGGAGCUCAGACAAAUGCUGCAUUUCAGGAAAACAACAUCCUGUGAACUGUUAAGCAUGGAGAUGGAUCUGUUAUCUUCGGGGGUUGUAUGGCAGCCAGUGACACAGCAAACAUCGCACAUGUAUCGAGACUGGAUUCCAGUAAAUAUCAGCAAACUCUGGAAGCAAAUGCGACUCAGUCGGUCAGAAACAUUCCCACACUGAACUACUUCAAGAAGUGCAAGCUGAAGCUUCUGGACUGGCCCUCACGGUAUCCUGAGUGGAACAUCAUUGAAAAUGUGUGUGUAGAUAUUAAAGAUGCUGUGCAUGCAAGACGGCCCGAGAAUAUCCCAAAACUAGAAGGAAGAGUGGGAAGAAAUUCAUUAAAGAAGAAUAGAAAGACACUUAGCUGCCUACAAAAAAACAUGUACACAUCUGCUGAUGAGGUGUAAUAAAUACUGACGUAGUAAAAUUAAAUGUUUUCCCAGAAUUUUAAUUUCAUAAUAUAUAAAGUAGCUGUGUAAUAAUAUCUGCAGAAAUGUUUUUGUUGUUGUUGUUUAAUCAUUUGUUACAGAGGAUAUUUCUUUUCUUUUUCCUAAAGAUCAACAAAAUAUUAGGCAUGGGUGCACAAACUUAUAUUUAUACACAUACAACAUACACAUACACAUUAUAACACAUGCACAUACACAUGAUAACUUAUACACAUACAAAUAUUUUUAACAGUUCUGGGGUUAUUUAGUUAUUUUUAUGUUAUUAGGUAUAAAAUAAUUGUGUCCUGUCUGUAUUUUACUGUCGAGUUCAAUGUUGAUUUAAUAAAUAAAGUUUUGCUGUACUUUGAAUUUAUUAAAGUUACA